ACUGGGGAACACUCGUAAAGUGACGAACUAAACAGCAGAAUAAUUAAAACCAAAUGAAAAUUGCAAUGUCACACCCCUUUUUUCUCAUUCUCCCUUCUUUUUCUUCUCCUUCUACUCUACCAGCCGCUCUGGGAGAAACAAAAUUCCUGGGGUAUUCGACUGUUUGAUUCCUUUGCCUCUUCUGGCCGAGACACCCCCUUUCUUUCCCUGGCCGAAGCUUCAGCUCCGAGGACCCGCCAUCCCGCCCUGUCACGCCCCCCUCCUGGGCCUUUGCUCCCUCCCCCCCCAGUCCCCUCGGAUGCUGAUCCCUGAAUCAUGUCGCAGCGGCGAGGCAGUGAAGAGGGCUCACCGGGGCCCUCCAGAAAUCAACCUCAGCCCUCUGUAUACCCGCCUCUAAAUACUGGCAGUGGUCUCAUCCCUCGCGAUUACUUGGGCGCGCGAUCCGAGCCUGCUGGGACUCGCCAUAUCUCACCUUCGCCUUUGCAUACCAACUCACCUCCCCAGUCAUAUCGACUCGAGGAAUCCCCCAUCUCUCAGAGUCCGCUUUCUCCACGAUCGAGCGCCAACCCGUCUCCCUCCCAAAACCGGUCGCCUAUAUCUCGUAUAGCCAAUGCGCCCUUCCCGGCACCCCCUUCGAACGCUGCCCACCACCUUAUAUUCCGAUCCCCCGAAAGCAUGAGCGCGGACCAGGCGGACAUGACCGGCAGGCAUGGCGAUGCGAAUAUUGCCAAACCGCCCGGUAUGUCCGAGCCCGAUCGCUCCGCGUCGUCAUCUGUCAGCUCUGUGCUGUCGGCACCCGGGGAGCGUCCAACUCCACGCGCCAUGCCUCGCACCUCGUCAAUUGACUCGGCCAUCUCUUCCUUGUCCUCUGCCUCCCAGCGAUCGACCUUCGAUGCCAAGUCUCUGAGUCCAGCUGAUAUAAGCCACCUUAUCACAGCUGCGGGCUCUGCAGAAGCAGUGAUCGUGCAUCUCCUGAAGGAGAAACACCAAGCUGCAUCGCAGAACUCACAGCUAUGGAAAUUGGUUGACAAGCAGAGGACGCUCAUUCUGGGCCUCAACAAGGAUCUGGAUCGCGCUUUCAAGGAGAAGGAAAAAUAUAAAAAGAAACUUAAGGAUCUACAGGACUCUGCGCCUCCGGUGCCGGUUGUUGAUCCCUCGGUCCCGCGAACGGUCUUGGCUGACGCGGACGCUCGUGCUAGCCAGACCACAAUCGUUCCGAGUAACGAGCAGAAGGAUGGGGAUCGAGGAUUCGAACAAGUGACGGCUGUUCCCCCGAUUGCGACGUCUGGGCUACCUCGAGAAGGAACCGAUACGAGCCCUCGCUCAGCCGGGAGCCUUUACUCCCCCAUUGGAUCGGAUUCCCAAAGGCUCCCGCAUCCGAUUCGCAAACCACCUCCAGCGCCAUUGAACCUGCAACAAGGCGGCCAUGCCCGUGAGGAGAUAGUAGACGCUGAUUCCGACUCGGACUACGAGAAUGGACAGGACGCGGAGGAGAGAUCGAGCUCGGAACGCGGAAGGAGGAAAACGCGUGAAGAUGAUGACCGGGACCGUGAGACCGCCUUGCAGAGAGAGAUAAGCGCACAGGGUUCCGUGGGUGCAGCCAAAUUUGAGGUCCCAUACGGCUCACAGGAUGCUGGUGUAUCUGCUAGUGGCAACCCGGUUCCUCGUGAGCUAGUUACGAGAUCGCCACCGAAUGUGGGCGCAACUGGGUCCCUGGGAUCGGUUUUGAACUCUCGAUCCAACCCCUCCGUCUCGAACGGGCGUUCUAUAGCUUCUAUGCCGAAGAGCCCAGGCCUGCCAUUGAGCCCAAGACCAGAGGACCGGCCUAUUGGAUCUCCGCUGCCGCGGAUGCCCCGAGAUUUCGCAUCUCAGGCAGGCUAUAGCAUUGGGGGUGUGCCUACAUCUCCAAGAGCGGUAAACUACCCAACCAACUGUCCGAGUGCAGAUGCUCACCCUCUGAGCGGGAGACCUGGGGGCCCCAUCCCGUCGAUUGAUCCUACGGUCAAAAUUGACAGCCCAAGAUCUCUACGAUUCCCUGAUACUAGCAUCUAUCAAGGACUCGUGUCCGAUGAAUACCCCGGUCUUCUGCUCCCUCCGAAUGCUCUUCCGCUCAUUCAGGUCCGAGUGUCGUCCUCCAGACUGCGACCUUCCAGAAAUAGCUAUAUGGUAUCCAAGCCAUUGGAUGAGGAACCUGUCUUCACGCUGAGCGUCAUCUCUAGGUCUGAGAAUGCAGAGCUUUGGCGCGUGGAAAAGGUUAUAGCAUCACUCCCUCAGUUGGAUCACCAGAUCCGACAGCUGGCCACCUUCACUGGAAAAUUGCCGGAUCGCAGUAUUUUCGGCGGCCAUUCCCCAGCCAAGGUGGAUGCGCGUCGCGCUGCACUAAAUACAUACUUUGACAGCCUUCUAGAUACACCCAUGGAUGAGAGAGCCGCGUUGGUCAUUUGCCAAUUCCUCACCAACGAUGCCAUUGAGCCUCGUGACGAUGAGACCAGCCUUGUGAAGGGGUCUGGCCAAUGGAAAGCGGACAUACCCCGGGGACCGGACGGCAAGCCCCGGAAGGAAGGUUAUUUGACCAAGCGAGGCAAGAAUUUUGGCGGCUGGAAGGCCCGUUACUUUGUGCUGCACGGGCCCGAGUUGAAGUACUUUGAGUCUCCCGGUGGAGCUCACAUGGGAACUAUCAAGCUUCUUCAUGCGCAAAUUGGCAAGCAGUCUCAGAACUCCACCAGCCAGAGCAGCUCGCCUCCUGGGGGUGAAGAGGACGCUGAGAAUCAAUACCGCCAUGCGUUCCUCAUCCUGGAACCGAAGAAAAAGGACUCAUCGGCUCUUGUCCGCCAUGUUCUCUGCGCCGAGAAAGACGAAGAGCGUGAUCAGUGGGUGGAUGCGUUGAUGGAAUACGUGGAGCCGCAUUCUUCGGACACGGAGAGCCGCGGAAAUGCAUCUUUGAAGCAACAACCGCAGGGUCAACCAAAGGGUGCUGGACCCAGGUCCAAAGGAUCCAAAGAUGGAAGCAAGCGGCCAGGACGUGGAGUUGAUAGCCCUGACCAGGAAGGUGGCGCUGUGCAAGGGUUUAGUUUCGACGAUACUGUUGCAGCCGAGCCUCCUAUUCUCGGUUCUUCUCUUGAACAAGCUCCUCGAUCUCCACGCAUGCCCGGUGCUCUGUCCACCGACUUCCGAGACUUGAACCAGUCUCCUGCUGAUCCAGCCUUGCAGUCCCCCAAGAUCAUUUCGGCUCCUACCAAUGGUACGGUAAUCCACGAUGUAGGGGCCUGGGGCAACAAGCCCACGGCGACAACCACGUCUGUGAAGGAGAAGAAGCGCAGCAUCUGGGGCUUCCGCACAAGAUCCUCGUUCGAUUUGGCUGCGCAGGCUGAGACAUCGGCCGCGCCAGUCGAGCGGAGGGAGAAUGUCAAGCCCGUUUUCGGUAUUCCUCUAGCGGAAGCUGUGCAAGAUUGUGGUCCUCAAGGUGUUGAGUCGGAUCUUCCUGCCGUGGUAUAUCGCUGUAUUGAAUACCUGCAUUCCAAGGACGCUGCCUUGGAAGAAGGCAUCUUCCGCUUAAGCGGCUCCAAUGUCGUGAUCAAGGCAUUGAAAGAGCGGUUUAACAAUGAAGGUGAUGUUGAUUUCUUGACUGGAGAUCAAUAUUACGAUGUACAUGCUGUUGCAUCACUCUUCAAACAAUACUUGCGCGAACUUCCGACGACAGUGUUGACUCGGGAGCUUCAUCUGGAUUUCCUUCGUGUUCUUGAACUCGAUGAUAAGCAAAAGAAGGUCCUCGCUUUCAACGCUCUGGUACACCGAUUACCGAAGCCGAACCUUUCACUGCUGCGAGCAUUGUCGCUGUUCUUGAUCGAGAUUGUCAACAAUUCGGACGUGAAUAAGAUGACCGUUCGAAACGUGGGCAUCGUCUUUGCCCCCACACUCAACAUCCCGGCGCCAGUGUUCUCGAUGUUCCUUACCGACUUUGAUAGCAUCUUUGGCGAUGCCUGUUCUAACUCGGCGGCCGUGGAGCUGACUGUGGAGCACAGUCUCUCUCCCGAAGAUAUUCGCUCUCCCCGCCACCAGAUGUUCUCGGAUAUACCGACUCCUUCGUAUAAUCAGACGUCCUUCCGUGGCACCGGAGAUGGCUCCGGUGGUCACGUUGACAAUUCUCGGGCUCCACACGAGACGGGCUUCAUCCCAAUGCAGCCCUCUUAUGAACAACCGGGUUACAGGAAUGAAGCCUACAACCAGCAUCCAGGAGCCCCGAGUCAAUACCAUUCAUUGAAUGGAAUGUUGAACCCUAACUUGGACGAUACUCGUUCAGCCAAGUCUAAGAGACGGGAAAGCUCCAUGCUUUUCCUGGAGAGCACUCCCGAAGAUUUCUCUCGCCCCCCAGGGCAAUAAAUAAUGGACCAAAGGAACGCUCAUGCUGCCUUUCUACUUUACAACCGUGCCUCGCAUCCGGAACUCUAUACACACCUCUUUGAUUAUGAAUUGCACGCAGAAUGACGACUUUACCACCCGCUUGGCACCAGCAGAGUCGCGAGGGAAUGUUUAAUGAUAAUGGUAAUCAAGACGAGGCUGCAAUAUUCGAGGCAUUGAAUUUUCCCCUAUGCCUCGGAACCAUCUCUCAACUCCAUUGACGACUUUUCUCUUUCUUUUCUUUCAUGUGUGAUCUGUCGUUGUAUUGAUCUACCGUUAUACCCCUUCUUUACUCUUUGCUCUCUUCUUAUACCUUUUUAAAACCUUCGUUUUUGCCCUUCUUACAUUGACUCUCUUUUUGAGAAGCCCUUCUUCUUGAUUUACCCGACGGUUUGAAUCCCAGCGACUGUCCGAUGUUCUUUCAGCCACACAGCGUGAUUGUGCGUCAUAAUUCUUGAUAUAGUAUACGUCUUUUAUCAUAAUUUACUUCCAAAUUGCCCAGUCAUAUUCCCCAGAAGCAGAAACACACAAGAUCUAAAUUCAGUUCGUUAUAUACCGUAAAAUGCUAUUCACAUCCUUAUCACCGACAGCUUCUUAAAACCGCCUUGUGCGCUCGCCCCGCCAGAAACCCAUGAGCUCGCCAUUUUCCCGAGCCCAGUCCCGCACAUUGUCCACCAAGGCCUUGGCCAUACCCUUAUUCUUCGCCUUACCAUCGGCACUGCUGUGACCGAGCCCGGAUGAGGUAUGCUCUCCAGUAGCAUAUUCCGAGCCCAUGCUGGGCAGAACAUUCUCGCCUGCGCUUAGACUGACGAAUAGCGCGAAGGGAACCAGCCAGACGCACAGCCCAAAAUAUGAGGCCACCUCGGAGAACGAGGGCAUAGCUUCGUAAUCAACCUGAUACGGCUGGCGCCAGUUACCCUCAUUGCGCCGGGAGGCGGGGAACGGCUUCGAAAAGUGGCGGAACCAGAGCCAAUGGUUGAGAAGGACCAGCACGCAAGAAAGAACGAAGAGUGGAUCGGUCAAUUUGACAAUUGGGAAGCGGCGCAGGUUGCUGGCGUAAACUAGGUGCGAGCCGAUGCUGAGGAGGGAGAGCGAGAUGGGGAAUCGAUCGAAAAGCACGAGCAGGACUUGGAUGCCGAUGAUGGUGUAUAUAAGACGGCCCAGUAAUCGGCGGGCGAGGACGGUGUGUUCCUCUACGAGCUCGGAGAGAUAGUACAGCCCCG